UUCCGCAACCAAAUUUCCUUCCACUUUCUCUCUCUUCCUCUUUCUCUCUCUAAUUCUUCUCCACAUAUUCACUCUCUACAAAUUCAACAAAUUUUCCAAUCUUCUUUUGUUUUUCUCAAAACCACCACAAUGAAGAAAUCCGGCCUCUUCGCCGCCUCCGUCGCCGCUGCUUCCGCCACCGCUGUCUCCUUUUCUUCUUCGGCAAAUAACUCCAAUCAUCAGGACGGUACGGUUGAAAGAAGAGGCCGUGAUGAGAGAUCUUCGUCCUCGUCGACGGAGAAAUUUGCGCCGAGAUUCGAUGGUUUGCGUUUCAUAGAAACGCUGAUAACUGCUCAUAGAUGAAAGUGGGGUUUGGAAUUUUUCUUCUUCCUCAUAUGUUUCUUCGUCUUGUUCAACUUCUUUUGGUUUUGAGAAGAAGAAGAUUUCACUUGUUGGAAAAUAUAUUUCUUUUUUGCUUUCUUUUAAGAGAAAAUAUUUGUAAUGAUACGAAAAUUAUUAUUUGGUGCUUUUCUUUUUUGUAAUCCUUAAUGGGUAAUGAAAGAUAAAAGUAUAAGAUUUUGGAUGGUUUAA